CAAUUCAGUGAGACGUAUCAUAGCGUAUAAAAACUUUUAAGAAUUAUCACAACGUUAAUAUCGUGUUAAGUUUAGCUAUUAGAAUUAUUUAAAUGAUAAGAAACACAUAAGUACAAAUUUAUAAUCAACGUUUUCUUUUUUUAAGUAAGAUAAAUAUUCAGGCAUAUUUUAGAACACUCCGAGGUCCUUCUUCAGACGAUUUUUUUUCCUCCUGCCGGGAUAUUUUUUUUCGCCUGAUACAUAAAUACUUAACCAAAACAAUUACUGCUCAUUCAUUUCUACGCAGCUAUGGUUUGAAUGUCUUUGAUCGGAUAAAAUAAAUAUUUGUCAGUCGCAUAAAAAUAUUCGCGAACAAUGUCGUCUAUUUUUGCUGCUGUUAAUCCGAUUUUAGACUCCGACUUUUGAGCUAGCCGGUCGUUCGUCAAUGCAAAGAGCCUUCAACAACAAUAAAAAGCUGGUGGGCCGAACUGAAGUUAGCGUGGAAACGUGAGCACUGACMGGGCUCGGGACAUCGGCUAUAGUGGAGCGGGACGCCGGUGUGAGAGGAGCCGGGAGCGGAGCGGUGCUGCUGAACGUACCCGGGCCGGCGGAGGACGGCAUGGCUACAGGAAAGGGAGCCGGGAAGCCCGCCUCGCUGUGGGACAAUAUGCGGUUAAGGUUCAUCGUUUGCUUUCUUGGAGUCUUUGUCUGUUAUUUUUAUUACGGAAUCCUACAAGAGACAAUCACUCGGGGUGAUUAUGGAGGAGAGAAGUUCACAUUUGCACGAACACUGGUGUUCAUCCAGUGCAUCAUCAACGCUAUUUUUGCUAGGAUCUUAAUCCAGUGUUUUGAGGGUUCSAAACCAGAUCACACCAAGAGUUGGAUCUACGGCUUGUGUUCCCUCUCUUAUCUCGGAGCCAUGGUGUCCAGCAACUCGGCCCUUCUGUACGUCAACUACCCCACACAGGUGUUGGGCAAAUCCUGCAAGCCAAUUCCAGUGAUGAUUCUGGGUGUAACGAUACUGAGGAAGAACUACCCUCUGGCUAAGUACCUGUGUGUGCUGCUUAUUGUCAGCGGUGUUGCGUUGUUCCUCUACAAACCCAACAAUAGCUCAGCUGUGAUGGAUGACCAUAUUUUUGGCUUUGGGGAGAUUCUGCUUUUAGUCUCUCUGACGCUGGAUGGCCUGACUGGUGUGGCCCAGGACCACAUGAGAGCCCGCUUCCAGACGAGCGCCAACCACAUGAUGCUGAACAUCAACAUGUGGUCCAUUCUGAUUCUGGGUCUAGCGGUGCUGUGGACCGGAGAAGUGUGGCAGUUCCUGACUUUUACCGAGCGCCACCCCAGCAUCUUCUACAAUAUUCUUCUGUUUGGUCUGACCAGCGCUUUGGGUCAGACCUUCAUCUUUAUGACGGUGGUGUACUUCGGACCCCUGACCUGCUCCAUUGUCACCACUACCAGGAAAUUCUUCACCAUCCUUGGCUCGGUCAUCCUGUUUGGUAACGUCAUGAGUGGGAUGCAGUGGAUCGGGACSGUCCUGGUGUUCCUCGGUCUUGGUUUGGAUGCUAAAUUUGGCAAAGCUCCCAAGAAGACGACACACUAAAACCCCCCAGAGAGCACAAGAGCAUCAAUUAUGAUCCUCUAUAACCUGUAUUGUUUUUUUUUUUUUAAUUUUAUAGAAGAUAUCCUGUACAGAAAACUGUAUGUGCCUAUGUUUUGUUUAAGUAAGGUCGGAUGUUUAAUUAUAUAUAUGAGAGUUGUCAUAGUUUCAACUCGGACUUGCUGUUGAUGAACUGAAAAGAUGUGUUUACAUCGGUUAAAACCCAGAAUGAACUGUAAUGAGUCUUUUAUGUAAAAAAACAGCAACAAAACUUUUACAUGUAUGUGGAGGAAUCGGUAUGAAUAAAUACCAUGAUGGAAAAAUGGAAUUUAGUUAGUAAAACAGGAAAAAAAAACUUGACUGAAACCAGCUCAUGUGACUUGAGAUAAAUGUUGAACCAAACUAGGCCUAAGAAACGUUUCAAGCAUCAAACUGAACACGAACAUUUAACAGAUCAAUGCUUGAAUAGUCAUUAUCAUAUGUUGUUUACUAUCUAUAAAACAUCAAAGAUGUUUUUAAACAUGUAAACUCUUUGUAGCCUGUCAUGCCCAAUAUUGAAUUAUUUCUAUUUUUAUUUUGUACAAGUUGAAAAUAACUUGCCAUAAAGGAGAACUUCUUAAA